AAGUGGCUGGAAUCGCAUCCAAAGUCGGGAUUCGGAAAUACUCAAAGGAUCUCGGCGUACAGGUAAAAAUGGUCGAUAAGGAAUCGCCAGAUCCGCAAACUAGAACACAUAUUGUCUUCUCGAAACAACCCUGCGCACCACGACUUCUCUCCGCAAUAGGUAUAUACCGAUGCUUGUUCUCGAGUAGGGUGGCCAAUCUGAAGACGCAAUCGCCGGCAAAGAGCAAUGUCGCACCCAUUUGAGAAGGUAGUCAUCGUCGGGGCGGGGCCGUCGGGCCUCCUCCUGGCGCUCCUGCUGUCGAAGCACGGGAUCCCGGUGGAGAUCCUGGAGGCGUCGCACGAGCUGGACAAGCAGCCGCGGGCGGCGAUCUACGGGUCGCCGGCGAUCCCGGACCUGAGGCGGGCGGGGGUGAUCGACGAGAUCCGGCGGCGGGGGAUGAGCCCGACGACGAUGUGCUGGCGGCGGUUCGAGGACCACAGCCUGAUCGCGGGCAUGGACGGCUCGGUGCUCGCGGACGUCGACGGCGAGGACCUGCGCAUGGCCUGCCUCGUCCUCGACCAGCUCGACGAGCUGCUCCUCGAGGUCUUCCUGUCCAAGUACAGCGGCAAGAUCAGCUGGAGGCACCGCGUCACCGGCGUCGGCCAGGACGCGGAGCGCGCCUGGGCCGACGUCGAGACCCCCGACGGCCCCAAGAGGGUCUACGGAGACUACAUCGUCGGCUGCGACGGCGCGACCAGCCAGGUCCGCAAGUCCCUCUUCGGCGACGAGUACCCCGGCUUCACGUGGGAGCGCCAGAUCGUCGCGACAAAUGUAUACUACGACUUUGAGAAGUUUGGGUUCAAAGACUCCAACUUCAUCCUACACCCCGAGCAUUUCUUCAUGGCGGCCAAGCUGACGACGGACGGGCUGUACCGGGUGACGUACGGCGAGACGCCGGGCCUGACGUGGGAGCAGAUGAAGGAGCGGCAGCCGUGGAAGUACGAGACGAUGCUGCCGGGGCACCCGAAGGCGGGGGAGUACGAGAUCGUGAGCAUGUCGCCGUACAAGAUGCACCAGCGGUGCGCGAAGUCGUUCCGGGAGGGGCGGGUGCUGCUGGCGGCGGACGCGGCGCACCUGUGCAACCCGUGGGGCGGGAUGGGGAUCACGGGCGGGUUCGUCGACGUCGGCGGGCUGUACGACUGCCUGGCGGGCAUCUGGGACGGCAGGGCCGACGAGUCCAUACUCGACCUCUACAGCCAGAAGCGCAUCGAGAAGUGGGAGACCGUCAUCGACCCCAUCUCCCAGAGCAACUUCCGCCGCGUCUCCGACUCCGACCCGGACACCCUGCUCGAGCGCGACCCCGUCAUGCGCGCCUGCAAGGACGCCGAGAACGACCUCGCGACCCAGAAGCAGAUGUACCUGUCUUUCUUCGACAUGCGCUACGACUUUACCCAGCACUACAAGAAGGCCUGAGCGCGAGGGAGCAAAGAGGAGGAGAGGGGGGCUGAAGAGGGCGGCCAAGGUGUGUUUGUUUCAUAAUCUGCUGGUGAAUCCCUAUCGAGCCUGUCCAUAUAUAGGAG